GAACAGCUACUGCUCUUACUUCUCACCGUCUAAAAACCAUGCCUCUUGCAAGGAAAGCCAGCCCUCAAAUGAUCAUUGCUAGGGGUGGGGGGGGAGCUACAAGUUAUUUCUUCAGUAAUAGCUUAGAAAUUAAUUUAAGUAUGUUGGGUUUUGUCGUAAAACUAUCAGCAGGCGUACAGAUAUCGUGUCAGCGAUAUACUUUGUAAGGAAGUACUUUAGUUAACCGUUUAUCGCCUCCAUUCUGUCCCUUCGCCCCCUGGGUCGGUGGCAGAACCCUCCCGCCUUCCGGCGCCGAUUGCAAACGCCGUCACCGUGUGGGCUGUGAUCCUGUUCCAUCUGCCACAGUCCUCAGGAUGUUCCGAAAAGGUUCAAAGCGGAAUUUCCGCCGCAGGAAGAGCGAGUCGAGCGAGGAGGAGGAUGAACGAGCGCCCGGGCAGCGGCAGGCCGCUGCUGCCCGCCGGGACCGCAAUCGGGGGCUCACCUGUACCUCCAAAGCCACUCCGGCCCACAGCAGCCCGGCCAAGGCCUAUUGCACCAGCCCCGGUUCAGCCUCGGACAGUGGGGACGGGGAAGCUGCUGCAGAAGCGAGAGAUGAGCUCAGAAUGACUGCACAGAAAGAGGCUGAAAAGGGCACCAGUGAUACUACUGUCCGCGACCAGCAUCUGCUGAGCUUUGUCUGUGAUAGAGAAGCGGAUGAAGAAGAAUUUAAGGUGAAGAAGACUGGAAACACUAUUUUGUUUACACCACAAUGGAAGAAGAAAAAGCAGAGUAACACUGAAAAAGAUGAAGUUAUUGCAAAAGUGGAUGUGAAAGUUCCGCAAGAUUUUAUCCCAACAAAAACUCAAAAAGGGAACUCAUUGGAAAAGGAAACUGUGGAUAUUCAUACAGAAAGUGAAGACGAGAUUAUUUCAGAUGUUGAUGAGUCUAAUACAUCUGGAGUUGCCCGAUAUAAAACACAAUCAGAUGAGAUACCAGAUGCCAGGUACAUUAAGGCUGCCCGUAGAAAGCGGCAGUUGGCCAGAGCUCAAGCUGAGUUCAUACCUCUUCACUCGUUAGCAAGAGAUGAUACUUCAGUCCCUGAUGAAGAGCUUCUAACUAGCGAUGAUGAACUUGAUGACGAUGAGAAGCGAAUACACUUCACCAAAACGCUAAAAACGCAAAGGCAGAAAAUGGCAAAAGAAAUUGGAGUAAAUGAAAGUGACAGCGGGAGUAUAAAAAGUGGAGGAGAAGAUGACGAUGAUGAUCAGCAAAUAUGGGAACAGCAGCAAAUCAAAAGAGUAAAAGUUUUUUCGCUGCAGUUUACUGAGACAGUUAGCCGGCCAAAUACACUCAUUGUGAAUAAGAUGUUGGACAACCUGAAGAAACUGCCACCAGUCAACUUGGAAACUGUCAAAAAGCGAUUAAUCAAUAGAUUGGAAUCCUUGCAAGAAGUUCACUACUCCCAUCAUCGUGAACAGGAGAAGAUCCAAGAAACUGCUGAGAGUUCACGAUGUACAAUUGAACAUUUGGAAGCCGUUUCUGAUUCUGGUAUUCGAUACCGGUUUUAUCAAGAAAUGCGAACCUAUGUAAAAAAUCUCGUCAACUGCUUCAAUGAAAAGAUACAUCUCAUCAAUGAACUGGAAUCUGAAAUGCAUCAGUUACUGCAGGAACAGACAAGAAAACUUUUGCAACGCAGACAGGAUGAUAUUCAAGAUGAAUCAUCUGAUAUCUGGCAGCUGUCAAACAAAGUGGAGAUUGACAAAGACAGUGUCAAAUCAAAACAACAGCGCAUCGAAAAACGAGAAGCAAGAAGGGCUCACAGGGAACACUUAAGAAAGGUGGCAGGCAAGGAAGCAGACCAUCACAAAGGGAUGUCCAGUGAUGAAGAAGUAUCUCCAGGCGAUGUAUCUGAGUUCCACACUAAAGAAGAUCACAUUCUGAAGGAAGCCAGGAAAAUUUUCAGUGAUGUACAAGAAGACUUCUACAGUGUUGACAGAAUUUUUGCCAAGUUUAGGCUGUGGCGGGAGAAAUUUCCUGAUUCAUAUUAUGAUGCUUAUAUUGGACUCUGUCUUCAAAAAAUUCUGAAUCCUUUAAUUCGUAUGCAGCUAAUCAGCUGGAAUCCUCUUAAACAAGAUUGUUUACACUUGUUGGAAAUGCCGUGGAUUUCAGCUUUGGAAGAGUACUGUCAUUUGGAAGAUGAAGAAUUUAAGAAAAAAGACAAGUCUGAUGCAGCAUUACUUCUGACAGUAAUUGAGAAAACAGUCAUUCCUAAAAUUGAAGGUUUUGUAAUUCAUGUGUGGGAUCUUUUGUCGUCCUCACAAACACAGUGUUUAGUACAAAUCUUCAGAAAACUGAAAGAGGAAUAUAAUGUGUUUGGAAAUGAACAAAGCAAGGCCACACAGGCUCUGAAAAAAAGUAUUGUCAUGAGAAUAACUUUGUCUGUAGAAGAAGAUAUUUACAUUCCUCUCUAUCCAAAAAGUGUUUUGGAAGAUCAAACAUCAAUCUAUUCUCAGUUUCAGGAAAGACAGUUCUGGUCAGCUGUAAAGCUAUUGGAUAAUAUUCUGCAGUGGGAUGGCUUGUUACCAGAUGAAACCCUACAGGACUUGAGUCUGGACAAACUUCUCAAUCGUUACAUUUUACUAAUCCUUCAAACUUCUCCAUCUCAUUCAAAAAAUAUAGAAAAAUGUAGAAAGAUUAUAGAUUGCUUUCCCCGGAGCUGGUUUGAAAAUCUGCAAGGACGGGGUAGCCUUCCCCAAUUAGAAAACCUGUGUAAAUAUCUGCUGCAAUCUAUACGUAGAAUACAUGAGAAUGGUGCAACGACUCAAGAUGUGGAUAAUAUUGGAAGAGAAUCAAUAAAAGAAAUGCUGAAGAUGUUAACCAUGAUCCAUGCUCUGGAACAAACUGAGGCGAUCAUCAAUGAGUGCAAGUUAGAAGAUCUGGAAUAGAUUUUUCAAGGAAACUAAAAUGAACUAAUUGUUAUAUAUUCUUUACUCAAUCAUGGUUUCUUGAUAUCUUGUAAUAAUUAAUAUCCAUGUUUUUUCAAAAAGAUGUUAUGGCCUAUUUUAAUUGCUUAUACCUUAAGUCCUGUAUAAUAUUAGACUGGUCCAGUUACUUUAAUAGUUGAAUAAAAAACAUCCGCUGGUUUCUGUUCUGAUUCUGUAAUUUAGAACAGGUCAGGGUAAAUCCAAAUAAUAACCUUGGUUUAAAGUUGUUCUCUAAAGCUUACUUGAAGUACAUUGGCAUUUAUAAAUAUUAUCUAUUUGGAUAUGUCUCAUUCUUAAAUCUGUUAAGCAGGGAAAAUGCCAACCUGUUUAAACUGAAAACUUAUUGUUGGUUCACUCAGAACCAAUGUCUAAAUUCUAAUAUACAAACAUAUGUAAAAUACUCUAAGACUUGCCAAAAUGCCUUGAAUAGCCAUUAAGUUAUGAAUUACCUUUUUGUAAAAACUGUUGAAUAAAUAAUUUUUACAUUUUUCCAGUAUCAUUUUUUAAGUUUAUCCUUGAUCAGGCAAGGAAUCUAUAGAUUAGUGAAAAAAUUAGAGCUAGAGAAAGUUAUUGUGAUUUUUGUGUAUUACUGCUGGGCAACCAUUUCAUCUUACUGAGCUAAUCAACAUCUAUUGGCUUUUUCUAAAAAGAAACUCACCUGCUCUCUUCUACCUGA